CAGCUGGUUCGCGAGCUACUAGUAGGCAGGUUUUAGUUCCCUGUAUCUCUGUGCUUGCUGCACAAAUGGCCAGGACGGCUUCGUAGUAGUAUCAGGACGGCUUGAAGCCGGCGCAAGCCGUGGUUCCUUGGUCCAACUAUAACGAGUAUGGCAUGACUCCUCAAGCCAUACCCCCCAAAAUCCCGUUAGCUUUCGCUGCUUCAAGCUUCGCCAACCGCCGCUGGAUGCGUCUUCGCCCACGCCAUGUGGAAUUUCGCCAACUCGUGUAACCACCUCGCCACCCUCCACGUUAUCGUCAGCAGCUCCUCACCCUAUUGGCCCCGCAAGCUCUCCGCGGUUCCCGCUCAACCCUCUAUUGCACGCUCAUCCUACGGCCGUGGUUAGCUUCUAUCGCACGCUCUUAAGCUCUGAGACACGGCGACCCGCAGCUCGUGGUACAACCCCGUUGGAGUGGUUCCGCCACCCACGCGGACUACCCGCGAGACGGCUACUCCCAAACUACACGGCCGAAGCGCUGCUCGUGGUACUUGGGCCCGCAGCCCCGUUGGAGUGGUUCCGCCACCCUCGCGGACGCAACGCGGCUACUCGCGGACUCGCGGACUACACGGCCGACCCGCAGCUCGUGGUUCUUGGACCCGCAGCCCUGUUGGAGUGGUUCCGCCACUCUCGCGAACUACUCGCAACGCGGCUACUCGGACUACACGGCCGAACUGCAGCGUUUGGUAGAAUCCCGCAGACCACCUAACCCGCGUCGCAAGCAUCAUGGUGCGACAGUCGCACGGCGACGCUUACUCGCUGCUGGGAGUGUCGCACGACGCGUCGCUGGCUCAAGUCAAGGCCGCCUACCGCCGACUCGCGCUGAAGCUCCACCCAGACGUCCACACCACGGGAGAUGCCGACGCCUUUCGGCGAAUCACAGAGGCCUACAACUACCUCCUCCACACACCCUCACACCGCCACACUCACUCCCACUACCCUCACUCACACUCCCACGGCAACCACCACCGAUCCUUCCGCCAGGGGCCUUUCUCCUCUGCAUUCACGUCGUCGAGUCCGGUCGCGACACCUGGCAGCAGACGAUUGCCUGCGCUGAUUUGCGGCGUUGGGCUGGCUCUGGGCUGCCUCUUGUUCCCAGCAGUGCUUAUAAUGAGCAAAAUGGAUAAUUUCAACCGGUUUUAUCACUAUCCUAGCAAGCAGGGGGGAGAGAGGGAUGAUGAAGAGCAGGAGGACGAAGGAAGCAGAAGUGGUUUUAUGUUAAAUCACCCACACGGUAACAGCAGAAGCAGCAGCAGCAGUGUUAGCCGAAGUGGAGCGUUGGAUGGGCUUGGAUUCGGCCGGGGCCCAAUAGGAGCCGCAGUCAGCCACGCGCUCACGAGCGAGCGUAGCAGCACAGCUGACAAUGACGAUGAGGGGAGGCAAAGACAGAGUAAUGGUGAUGGCAGCAGCAGCAGCAGCAGCAGCAGCAGUGGAGGAAGGGUUAAGCCAAGUUGGUGGAGCAGCAUGGGUGGGGGCAGCAGUGGAGGGCCCAGGGGACCAAGCCGAGUCGUGGAGCCGACAGCUGACGAGGAGAAGAGACAGAGGAUUGCGAGAAUAUUGCUGGAGAGUGCACGGAAGGCAAAGGAGGAAGGGGCUCAAGGAGAGGUUCAAUGAGAUACUUAUACCGCGUAUGCAGGGGGGAGAGAUGUGACCAGGGCUGACGUUUCAAAAAAAGGCACUCUGAUUUUGCCCCCCCAAAAAUUUCCCGAGUCUGAAGGGCCAUUUUUCGAAAUUUCGCUACUCUGAAAUCUCAGUGUCCAAAAGUCAACGAGUCUGAAAUACUCAGGGUUCAGAAUGUCGACUCAGAGUCCUGCGCCCAAGUCGAAAUCUUAUAUUUCCAGAGUUCACACCAGGCCACACGACUGGUUUUAGGGUACCAUGAUUCAUCAAGUAAAUUCCGCAUUCUAAUACCGUAAUCCCCCGUAUAAAACACCCGCCGGAAUUAAGCUCCCCCGGGUAGCUUGAGCGGGUAUGGGUGUUUAAUUUUUCUGGAUAUACACAACACCCUACUUUCGGACGUGAAAACUUUUGAACACCCCCCUGCCACCUAGAAUCUCCAUUUUUA